AUGAAGUACUUUUCUGUACACCCAUUUCCUCCUCUUGCUAACCAGCAAGUUUACUCGCCCGCUCCCCUCCUCCCUGCUAACCGACAAGUCUACCCCUCUGCUCCUCCGCCUACUGCUAACCAUCAGGAAUACCCCCCAGCCUAUUCCCCUGCUCCUCCCCCUCCUGGUAACCAGCAGGACUACUAUGCCGCUCCUCCGCCCCCUGCUAACCAGCAGGGAUACCCCCCCCGUACUCCUCCCCCUCCCCUUUCUAACCAGCAAUCCUACCCCCCUGCUCCUCCGCCCCCUGCUAACCAGCAGGAAUACAAUCCCACUGCUCCUCCUCCUUCUAACCAACAGCUCUAUUCCCCCACUCCUCCUUCUAAUAAGCAAGAAUAUCCCCCUGCUCCUCCCCAUCCUGCUAACCAGCAAAACUACUCCCCCGCUCCUCCUCCCGUUGCUAACCAGCAAAACUACUCCCCCGCUCCUCCUCCCCCUGCCACCCAGCAAAACUACUCCCCUGCUCCUCCUCCCGCUGCUAACCAGCAAAACUACUCCCCCCCCGCUCCUCCUCCUUCUCCGCCUCAUUAUCAAUCAGCAGCGCCUGCAGCAACUGAUUCUUGGGGCUCUGCUGCUCCCUCUGCUGCCGCUCCCUCUGCUGCUGCUCCCACUGCUGCUGCUCCCUCUGCUGCCGCUCCCUCUGCUGCUGCUCCCACUGCUGCUGCUCCCUCUGCUGCUGCUCCCUCUGCUGCUGCUCCCACUGCUGCUGCUCCCUCUGCUGCCGCUCCCUCUGCUGCCGCUCCCUCUGCUGCUGCUCCCCCACUGCCCUCCCCCCCUCCCACCUACCCCUCUCCCUCCCCACCCGCCAACCCUCCUCCCAAUUACCCCUACAGUUACCCCCCUCAAUCCACGGCAGCAGCAGAGUAUUACCACCAGCCAGCACCCAGUGCAGGGCCGCAGCAGCCCAUGCAGGCAGCUGCCAGAGCAGGAGAGCACUCAGCGGGGGGGUUUGAGGCGUCUCAAAACUCGUCUCCUUACAGCUACACCCCUCAACCCACGGCAUCACCAGAGUAUUCCCACCAGCCAGCACCCAGUGCAGGAAGUCAGCAGCAGUCAGUGCAGGGAGCACCUAGAGCAGGAGAGUACAUAGGGGGGGGUGGGGCGGCUGUAGCAGCAGUUGGGGCGGCAAUGGGUGCUCUCGCUAUUGGUGCUGCUGGGAGCGGAGGACUCCUAUCCUCCUCCCCCUCCCUCUCAAGUCCCGCCCCUAUCCCCCUCCCCCAUACAGCUACCCUCCUCCUUCUCCUCAACUCGCCCCCUACGGAUAUCCCGGUUACCCCCCACCUUCUCAAGCUCCCCCCUAUGGUAUGGUAUGACCCCUCAAGGGUAUUAUUCUCACUACAGCACUCAGCCUGUGGUGGUGGUGCAUGGCCAUAG